AUGAUGUCAUUGUCAACCUCCAUAUGUUUGCACUACUUGAAAACUUUUCUUCUUUUGCGCACCCUUGUCCUUCCAAUAGUUCAACCACUUUCCUUCAACAUAGCUAAUUUCAACGAUACUGAAAGCGCAAGCUUCGUUGGAUACACAGGCGUAACAAAGAUUGAGAACGGAACCCUAGUUCUCAACUCACUCGUCAACAACGGAGUGGGACGAGCUAUCUAUGCCCAACCUCUGCGCCUCAAAAACUCUUCUAAUGGAAAUGUCACUCACUUUUCCACUCGUUUUUCCUUCACUAUCGACGUGUCCACAAAAACCUACGGUGACGGUUUUGCCUUCUACGUGGCACCUCUUGCAUACCCUAUUCCGCCGUAUGCAGGUGGUGGUACUCUUGGCCUAUACGGUGACACGCAAAACAUCGUUGCCGUCGAAUUUGACACUUACGUGAACGAAUAUGAUCCACAUAUGUUCCACGUGGGGAUCAACAACAACUCCAAGGUGUCCCUUGCUACUUCCUGGUUUGAUAUUGAGAGAAACAUAGGGAACAUGGUGCAUGCGUUAAUUACUUACAAUGCUUCAGCAAAACUCCUUUCUGUGUCGUGGUACUUUGAUGGAAAUACCUCUGGUUUUACGCCUAACAAUUCUCUUUCACUCCAGAUUGACCUAGCGGAAUUUCUUCCAGAGUGGGUGACUUUUGGGUUUUCGGGUGCAACAACUGGUGCGGCCAGCGAGGAAAAUAUUAUUCAUUCAUGGGAGUUCACUUCAUCUCUGAAUUCCACGCGUUCCGAGGUGAACAAAGAACAUGAUGGCAUCGUGAUUAAAUACAAGUUUCAAGUCAAAGUAGUAGUUGUUGCAGUGGCUUGUUCUAUUUCUUUUGUGCUCGUGGUCCUUGGUGUUUCUUGGUUGAUCCUGUUCAUCGUCAAGAAAAGAAGCACCGAGGGUGGUUAUGAUGACUUGGAUAGAGGAGCCAUGCCUAGAAGGUUUGGUUAUAAGGAAUUAGUCGCCGCCACCAACGGGUUUGCAGAUGAUAGAAGGCUCGGAGAAGGUGGCUCUGGAGAAGUUUACAAAGGGUUUCUGAGUGACUUAGGGCGCGUGGUUGCUGUGAAAAGGAUUUUUUCUAAUGUUGAAGACUCGGAGAACAUAUUUACGAACGAGGUGAAGAUUAUAAGUCGUCUUAUACAUAGAAACCUUGUGCAAUUCAUGGGGUGGUGCCACGAAGAAGGGGAGUUGUUACUGGUUUUUGAGUACAUGACUAAUGGAAGCCUUGACACUCACGUCUUUGGAACUAGAAGAACUUUGACAUGGAGUGUGAGAUACAAGAUAGCGUUAGGUGUGGCUAGAGCAAUUCGUUAUCUUCAUGAAGACGCAGAGCAGUGUGUUCUUCAUAGGGAUAUUAAGUCAUCUAAUGUUUUGUUGGACACAGAUUUUAAUACUAAGCUUAGUGACUUUGCGAUGGCAAAGUUGGUGGAUCCAAGAUUGAGGACUCAGAAGACAAAGGUGGUGGGGACAUAUGGGUACCUGGCUCCGGAAUAUGUAAAGGAAGGUAGGGCUAGCAAGGAAUCAGACAUGUAUGGUUUUGGGGUUGUGGCUUUGGAGAUAGCAUGUGGAAGGAGGACUUAUCAGGACGGGGAGAAUAAUCAUGUGCCUUUAACGAAUUGGGCGUGGAAACACUAUGUGGAUGGGAAUAUUCUGAAUGCUGCUGAUGAGGGAUUGAAUAGGGAUUAUGAUGUGAAUGAAAUGAUAUGCUUGCUUACUGUGGGACUGUGGUGUACCCUACAAGACAACAAGAAGAGGCCAAAGGCAGAACAAGUUAUUAAUGUUCUUAAGCAAGAAGCGCCGUUGCCAGUGCUUUCUAUAUGACAUGCCUCAUUGUCCCUUUACCGAUUGGAAAUCUGAUUCCUUUCGGUUACCACCCUUCACUGACAAUACAGUAUACAUGUUCAAGGCUUUGUUUUAAGGCUAUUACAAUAUGAU